CGCCCAUUUUGACAGCAGCCCUGGGGAGCGGAAGUAACCAACAAGAAGCAACCGAACCGAAGAGCCGUUAUAACCGAAAAUUAAGUGUUGUAAACAAAGCAUUUGUUUUGAAUAUGUUUAGUAUAUAUUCGGGUAAUUAAUAACUUUGUCGCGCACAAAGUCCUGGGACUGAACAUCCGGCUUUACAGUGACGAGUAAACGAGCCAGUGUUUAUGAAAUCUGAGCCGCAGUAGCUGAGCCAUGACUUAAACAACGGAAGUACAUUCUUCUGCUUUGGAAGCUGUACUUUCUCCGACCUGUGAUGUUUAUUCGAUGGUUGUACAAAAUACUUUUAUUAUUAGGUGUGUAAAAUGUACGUCUAAGUAUGCUAGGAUGUUUAAAAAUGUGUUCGGCUCAGGAUUUCUCGUCAGAACCGCUCAUGUUUUCCUGACAUGGGUUAUAACGCUGAUUCUCUUCGUGCACGACACCGAUCUCCGCAGAGAGGAAGAAGCGGGUCGACUCACGCUGCCCAUACUCUUCGUGCUGCUCGUGCUGCUUUCCGUGCUGCUCUACUUUGCUGUGUCACUAAUGGAUCCCGGGUUCGUGCUGGCUGAUGACUGCGACCUACAGUUCGCUCUUGGCAUCGCCGAGGAGCAGCAGGACAUGAUUCCCCAAAUCAAACCAUUCCGUCAGCGUCGCUGUGGCCAUUGCCUGUUACAGCAACCGAUGAGAUCCAAGCACUGCCAGACGUGUCAGCACUGUGUGCGUCGCUAUGAUCAUCAUUGCCCAUGGAUUGAGAACUGCGUAGGGGAGAGGAACCAUCGCUGGUUUGUGCUUUACUUGGCUGUGCAGUUCGUCGUGCUGCUCUGGGGGCUACACAUGGCCUGGUCAGGGUUCAGUGAUGCUGCGACGUGGCAGGUGUGGCUGAAAUCGAACAGCAUGCUGCUGGUGACGUGCGCUGUGGUGGCGCUACUGGCGUUCACCGUGCUGCUCCUCCUGGGCUCCCACCUUUACCUGGUGUCUUUGAAUACCACCACCUGGGAGUUCAUGUCACGCCACCGCAUCUCCUACCUCAAACACUGCGGCGUUGACGAGAAUCCCUUCGACCGCGGGACCUUGCGCAACCUGUGGAGCUUCUUCUGCGUGUGGAGCACGGUGGUGUGGGAGCAGGCGUACUUCAGGCAAGGCUGCGAUUCCGCUUAAAGCACAACCCCGACCGAGUGAUUGGAACAUUUUACGGUAACAUAGCCAAGUAAACAAGAACAUUAUGUCUUGGUUAGAAAUACAGUUCCAAACACAUUCCUAUUAUUUAUCCAGAACUUUAAUGAUUCUCGAUUGCAUGGACAUAGUUGUAGUUAGAACCAUAUAGAGCCUCACUUAUAGCAAGUCUGAUAUGAUCAAGAGGUUUGGACUGCUGCUUUUCCUCUGAAUAGAUCUGUAGGAAAUUUUCUCAUCAAGUUGCAGCUGCACUUUUUAAACUUAAUCUUUAAAAGUUAAGAACGUUUCAGCAAUGUGAGAACGAAUCAUUUUUUAAGCAAGCGCCAAUAUUAACGCUUGUUUUCCUAUAACGAUUGGGAUACAAAGAGUCAUUUUAUUACAAACUCCGUUCUCUAACUAACUCAAGAUUACCUCGUGUCAUGUUUUGCUAUGGCACAAAGGAACGUCUGUAAAAUAAAGCAAGCAGACGCCAAGGAGCACAUCACUUAAUGUGACAGUAAAGACAGGGUAGAUUUUACACCAUCAGCUCCCUCUGUAGUUUUUAGACACUUCAGUUUGGGAAGCAUAAUCAAAGUGUACUAAUUAAACUUUUUUUUUUUCUUUUUACAAUUUGUAUUGGGUCAUUUUAGUGGAUAUUUGGAUAGCCCCUAAAUUAAGCAUGUUUCAGUAGAAAAAGCAUCGCAUAAAGCACUCGUCAAUAUGAACGAAGUGGCUGAGACAUACUGCAGCUGUAAUAUCAGAUUAUUUGGUACUGCUUUGUAGCUGAACAGUAGAGGUAGAAAACCCUAGUUGUAUUAGCAAGCAGGUACACUAGUAUUAAGGCAGAAUUCCUUCACCAUAGUUAAAUACCUGUACUUAGCCAGCUGAUAUGAUUGCAUGCAGAGCAGAAUUCAGUGAUCUGUUAUCCCAACUGCAGAAUGAACAUUUGUACCAGCUGCUUUUUUCAUAUUAUAACACAGCUGUUGAAUUCUCGAUUCUGAUUGGUCAGAACGUGUUGACUAAUUUUCAAUUACCGUGGCUGAGACACUAGUUAAUGCGCUUGUUCUAAUCUUCUCGUUUCUAUAGUAACAACUAUGGGACUUGUAUGGGGGAUUCACUACAUAAUUUGGCGAUAUGGUGCAGUUUUCUGUGAGGAGACGUUUAUUUAACAUUUUUGGACGAAGUCUGCAGUGGCAGCGUUUGCACUUUCCAAUUAUAAGCUGCAAUUUAUUUGUCUGAUUAACUUGUUAACUUGGGAAGAAGGGGGG